AUGCCGAAAUGCGCCGGUGACUGCGACAGAGAUGAGCACUGCGCAGGAGGUUUGCGUUGUUUCCAAAGAGAUGGUGUAACAACUGUGCCCGGGUGCACGGGAACUGGCAUUCCAAACUUUGACUACUGCUACGACCCAGCGGAUGCCCCAGAACCUCCAACACAGCCUCCUGGAAGAGGGCCAAAUUGCCUUUGCGUCUUUGACAUUGACCGCACGCUGACAGGAAAGCAGGGAACUGCCAGCAAUGAAUGUCCCGCAGAUAAGGAGAUCCCUGGCAUUUGGGACACCGCAUACAGGGGUGGGUGGCUAACCAUCUCUCAAGCGGGCCAAAACUUGCAAAACACCUUCUGCGGCAAGUGCUACAUGGGAAUCGUUUCGCAUGGCGUUGCUAGCGGGCCCAACUCGCGAGAGCGGACCUACUUGCUUGAGAAUGUGCUUGUUGGUGAACCCUUUCAGGCACUGCUUCGCUCAAACGCUCAGGCGGCUGAGUGGGGUUUCAGAACCGUCCGCUCUCCUCUGGUACUCGGAUGGCCCGACAAGGAGAAGCAGGAUGCGGUGGCUGGCAUUGUGGCUUGGUACGAGCAGCAAGGCAUUAGAGUCAGGGACCAGGAUGUGUACUUCUUCGGCGACCGUACUGAGAACAUCCCGCCAUUCAGUUCAACAGCCUUCAACGCCCGAGAAAUUUCGUGCGGCUCUCGAGACAUGAGCAUUGGCAACGGCAUGGUGGGACUCUGCGGUGCCGCAACUGACGAGAUCGUGGACACCAAGGGAGUUGUGGUCUGUGCAGACCCAAAGCCUCUUCCCACACCGACCCCACCGCCGUCCCAAGAGGAUUGUUUGUGCAUCUUCGACAUUGACAGGACGCUCACUGGCAAGCAAGGUGACGUGAAGAAUUGUCCAGACAACAGGAUUGAGAAUACCAUUUGGGACACUGCCUAUGGCGGAGGUUGGCUUACGCUUUCAGACGCAGCACAAAAGUUAUCGGAGACAUUCUGCAACUUCUGCUAUUUAGGGUUGAUCUCGGCAGGGGAUGCUGGAGGCCGAAACUCGCCACAAAGGCCAUAUCUCUUGGACAAGGUGUUGAUCAGUGAGAAGUUCAGCAAGCUGCGAGCAGCCAAUGGGGAAGCGUCUGCGUGGUCCGACUAUCCUAGAGUUGAUUCCCCUCUUGUUCUCAAGUGGCCUAACCUGCAGAAGCAAAACGCAGCGGAAGACAUAGUGGCAUGGUAUGCCCAGCAGGGCGUCACCAUCCCUCCCAGCAAGGUGCACUUUUAUGGAGACCGGACGGAGAACAUUGGACCUUUCGCUGACAAGGGCUACAAUGCUCGUGAAAUUUCGUGCGGAUCGCGAGACUACUCCUUGUACAGCAAUGGGAUGGUUGGCUACUGUGGUGCUAAGGCUUCUGAGAUCGUGGAUACACCAGGCGUUGCUGGCUGCUGA